AUGAUCAUGCCCGGCCGCUGGUCCUUCAACGUCCUGGCGGUCCUUUUCCUCCUGCUGUCCACCGCAGCUCUCUCAGCGCAUUUCCGUGUGUGUGAGCCCUACUCCGACCACAAGGGGCGCUACCACUUUGGUUUCCACUGCCCACGGCUCUCUGACAACAAGACCUACAUGUUCUGCUGUCACCAUAACAACACAGCGUUCAAGUACUGCUGUAAUGACACUGAGUUCCAGAAGGUCAUGCAGGUCAACCUCACCACCAGCGCUGAUGGGUUUGCACAUAAUAACUACACGGCUCUGGUUGGUGUGUGGGUGUACGGCUUCUUCGUGAUGGUGUUGUUGGCCCUGGACUUCCUCUACUACUCAGCCAUGAAUUACGAGCUGUGUCGUGUGUACCUGGAGCGGUGGGGGCUGGGUGGCCGUUGGCUGAAACAGGCCAGGAGUCAGUGGCACAGCGUGGCCCAGGAAGGAGAGCAGGCGUCUGGGCCGAGUGUGGGCCACAACCUCCCUUCCCAGCGACAGCAGCACCAUCACCCACUCCAUCACCCCAGACACAGUCUGAGAGGAGAGACCCAAAGCCCCACACUCAUGGCCUUCCAGACCUCCACCGCCUGGUGA